UGAAUUGAAACUGAAAAAUUUCCUGUUUUAUUCAUACCAAUUAUUUGACACCGAAGUCUGUGGAGAACCGGGAAAGCGUAAACAGCAUAAGCGCCGCCGAUGCGCGUGUGUGAUAAUCCGCAUACGGCGCACUUACACAGAACCCCAGCCAUAGCAUAAACAUAGAAAGCUCAAUACUUGCUAUCGACUAACCUCUGUGAAAUUACAAAACAAAACAAGAGAGAACGACGCAAUGUUUUUUUUAACGCAAACCCCUUUUACAAUCAUUCGCGAAGUGGUUUUCCUGCUGUGUGACAAAUAAUACUUUGCUGUCAACCAAAAAUGCAAACACACAUACCUAAAUUAUAAAGAAUUGCAUCAAUUAUGGUGUUUUAGUUUAAAUUUAAUUCCAAUAAUGAGGCAAUCUGAUUGAACAAACGAAAAUUGAUUUCGGCCAAUUAAAGUCCUAAUUCUCGACUCGAGCUAGUGCAUUCCAUUCGUCACUCAAAUGAUAUACGAAACAGACACACACCCGCUCAACACGAAAACAUCUAGGUUCUAACACGCUGUGUAGUGAUCAUCCCCUCGUACUUACGAGUAUGCAGCGGAAACUCCGGUAGACUGAUUCAGUGCAGCAGCCAUUCUACCAUUCAUCAGCAGCAGAAACAACUAAAAUAAAACCCAACAACAAGAAGCAAACGGGCAAGCAUCAAAAUGUCAACAGAUUUUUUAUUUCCAAAAAUAGCGGAUUGCUCCUAUGUCUCCUGUUACUGUGAGGAAAACGUUUGGAAGCUAUGUGAACAAGUGCAGCGCACGCGGCCCGAAGAGCUGAACAAGUGCUAUGCGGUUUUUGUCUCAAAUGAGGGCCGAACUGUACCGCUAUGGCGCCAAAAAGCUGGACGUGGCGAUGAUCAAGUUGUGAUAUGGGACUACCAUGUAUUCUUUAUGCACAAUCCCUUGCCAAACCGCUGUUUGGUAUUCGACUUAGAUACUACACUUCCGUUUCCGACAUAUUUUCAUAAGUAUGUUACGGAGACUUUUCGGUCCGAUCUCGCUCUACGACCUGAGCAUCACAGAUUUUUCAGAGUUAUACCUGCAGAUACAUAUCUAAUUGAGUUCUCGUCGGAUCGCCGGCACAUGCGCCGACCAGAUGGUAGCUGGAUUAAACCGCCACCGUUAUAUCCACCCAUUCUAUCGAACACCAACAUGCAUUGUUUGGGUGACUUUAUAUGCAUGAGCGCUGGCAAAGGACCAGGCGCCGUCUACAGCCUCUCCGAGUUUGUGCAAUACUUUUAUAAGUCGCCGCAUGUUGCGGCACAGCCCAACAACUAAAUUAUAAAUUACCACAUAAAUACAUUUAAUGAUGUCAGCUUAAACCAAAAUCGAAACUAAUUUCAAAAGUUUGUGGUCUCGCACAACUUGACGACCCAAAAGAUGUGCAUUAUACUAAAAGACAAUUAAAUACAUAUUAUA